UUUGGACUUUGGAGUUGACAAGCAACCAGCGUGGCAGCAUCGUAAUCACAUCAUACAAAUGGCAGUAACUAGAGUCUCCACCACCGGUUCAGAAGCCCAAUGGAAAGCCAUGCAUCUUUGGCAUUCUCUACUGUGAAAACUCUUCAAUGUCCCUCAUGGCUUCUGUAGCACGAUUUUCUUACUUUCUCGGAGUCCCUAGCCUUACUCAUAACCACUAUAACUACUUAAGUAACAAUAAUUGCAGGUUUUGCUGCGAAAUUCUGAACAGUUAUAGAAAAAGUUCAAAUUCCUCCGUUAGUUUAUCAUUUUGUUCUAUCAAGACCUCAAAGAAGUUACCAUUCUCUUCUACAAUCACCUGCUCAGUUACUAAUGGAUCCUCCCAAGACUCUGAAAUUAGUUCUGCAGCCAAGAUAAGGAGUGAAGUUCUGUCUCCCUUUCGGUCUGUUCGGAUGUUCUUUUAUCUUGCUUUUAUUGCCAGUGGAGCUCUGGGAGGAUUAAUAGCCACCACACAGUUAAUUGCUGCACUAACAAAUUCCGCAAGAGCAGCUGAAGUCCCUGAGAUUGCGAAAGGGCUUGGCAUAGAUGUUGGAGCAGUUUCCCUAUUUGCAUUUCUCUAUUACAGGGAGAACAAAGCUAGGAAUGCACAACUGGCUAAGCUUACAAGAGAAGAAAGCCUGUCAAAACUGAAGCUCCGUGUGGACGAAAACAGGAUUAUCUCUGUGAAUGCUUUACGAGGGAUUGCUCGUCUGGUAAUCUGUGCAGGCCCUGCAUCCUUCAUUACAGAGUCUUUCAAACUUAGUGAACCUUUCACUCAGAGCCUUUUGGACCGUGGGGUGCUUGUGGUCUCUUUUGCCACAGAUGGGAACCUUCCAAGUUUUGAGUUUGUCGAAAGUGAGGAGAUGAAAGAUAUUACCAGCAAAAGGAAGAGACUCUGGCAACUGACUCCUGUUUAUGUUUCUGAAUGGUCCAAGUGGUUAGAUGAACAAAAGAAAUUGGCUGGUAUCUCCCCUGAGUCUCCUGUGUAUUUAUCUCUACGCCUGGAUGGUCGUGUCCGUGGUAGUGGAGUUGGCUACCCUCCUUGGAAUGCUUUUGUCGCACAGUUACCCCCAGUUAAAGGGAUGUGGACAGGCCUUCUUGAUGGCAUGGAUGGAAGAGUUCUUUAAAGAAAAUGUGUUCAGUUAUUACAACUUUCCCCCUUUUUUAAUUGAGAUUCAUGUUGGACUAGUCAGUGGUAAGUUUUGUAUAAUCUUGCUUUCUUUAUCUUUUUUCUUUUAACUUGCUGCCAAUUGCAUUUUGUAUCAACAUUUAGGUCCCAUGUGCUUAGAAAAAGUUAUUACCAUA